GGGCGGCGGCAGCGCCCCGCAGUCCCCGCGCCUCAAACACUUGCAGCAAUCGCUGGCGCGCAACGUCGCCCCGCGUCGCGCGCUGGUGCCUCCCUCCUCCCGCUCGGUGGCUCCAGGACUCCCCGCGAGUCUCCGGCGCUCAGCUCUAACCCGCGCACCAACAGACGCCCCUGGACGCCUUGGUCCGCGCCCCCCAGGGCAGGCUAUGUUGAUUGCCCCGCCGGGCCCCGCCGGCGGGAUCAGCACAGCCCAGCCCGCGGCCCCGGCGACAAGCGGGGACUAUGACCCGGAAAGCGCGGCGCUGCCUUGGCCACCUCUUUCUCAGCCUGGGCAUGGUCUACCUUCGGAUCGGUGGCUUCUCUUCUGUGGUAGCUCUGGGUGCGAGCAUCAUCUGUAACAAGAUCCCAGGCCUGGCUCCCAGACAGCGGGCAAUCUGCCAGAGCCGGCCCGACGCCAUCAUCGUCAUAGGAGAAGGCUCCCAAAUGGGCCUCGAUGAGUGUCAGUUUCAGUUCCGAAAUGGUCGUUGGAACUGCUCAGCACUGGGGGAGCGCACAGUCUUCGGGAAGGAGCUCAAAGUGGGGAGCCGGGAGGCUGCCUUCACCUAUGCCAUCAUUGCUGCGGGUGUGGCCCACGCCAUUACAGCUGCCUGCACCCAGGGCAAUCUGAGUGACUGUGGCUGCGACAAGGAGAAGCAAGGCCAGUACCACCGGGACGAGGGCUGGAAGUGGGGUGGCUGCUCUGCCGACAUCCGCUACGGCAUCGGCUUCGCCAAGGUCUUUGUGGAUGCCCGGGAAAUCAAGCAGAAUGCCCGGACUCUCAUGAACUUACACAAUAAUGAGGCGGGCCGAAAGAUCCUGGAGGAGAACAUGAAGCUGGAGUGUAAGUGUCAUGGUGUGUCAGGCUCCUGUACCACCAAGACAUGCUGGACCACACUGCCACAAUUCCGAGAGCUGGGCUACGUGCUCAAGGACAAAUACAACGAGGCCGUCCAUGUGGAACCCGUGCGUGCCAGCCGCAAUAAGCGGCCCACCUUCCUAAAGAUCAAGAAGCCCCUGUCUUACCGCAAGCCCAUGGACACAGACCUGGUAUAUAUCGAGAAGUCACCCAAUUACUGUGAAGAGGACCCAGUGACAGGCAGCGUGGGUACACAGGGCCGUGCCUGCAAUAAGACAGCCCCACAGGCCAGCGGUUGUGACCUCAUGUGCUGUGGCCGUGGCUACAACACACACCAGUAUGCCCGCGUGUGGCAAUGCAACUGCAAGUUCCACUGGUGCUGCUAUGUCAAGUGCAACACGUGCAGUGAGCGCACCGAGAUGUACACGUGCAAGUAAGCCAAGGCCACACUGUGCCCUCCAGCCACAGGUCAGAUGGCAGGGAGGACCAGCCACCCCCAGGCCACAGUCUCCCUAUAGGCCACUGCCUGGAUACUCACAGGGAACUACAGAAGCACUGAGCUUGUCUUUUCUGCUGAGAGGGGGGGCAUUAUUCUGGGUUUCCUGCAAACAUAUGUGGGAAGAAUCUCUCAGAAGCCUCGCCCAUUCUGUUCCAUAUCAAUGCUGCUCCACCCUCCCCCAGAUACCACCCAGUCCCUCCAUGGCUGGAACAAAGCUUUCUGCAACAGGGGCUCAGGACCGUGGGUUCUCUGGACCCUCAGGCCUCAUCAUAGCAAUAUUUAACAAUUUAUUCUGAUAAGAAAUAAUAUUAAUUUAUUUAAUUAAAGAGAAUUCUUCCACUUCGUCGGGAUCAUUUUCUGCAAUCAAAGUGGACUGCUUGAUGUCCUGGCAGGAUGAUUUUGUUGCUAGGACCAGGAGCUGCAUACAACUGUACAUAAUGAUUCUUUAUGCAGAUGUUUCUACUAGUUGAUUUUGCAAGUAUUCCUUCACAGCAUUAGAUGUUUAAGUACAAAGAGAAGACAUUUCUUUAUACAUAUAUAGAUAUAUACACACACACAUUUAUUUUUUUUUGCCAUUUGCUGCUACCUAUCCAGAAUUUAGUAUGGUCCAGAUCUGGAGAUAUUUUUCUCCAGAAUAUGUUCCCCAUCCUUUUGCCCUCCCCAGUUUAAACCUCGCCAUUAGGAAAGUUCCAGGUGGAAUAGUACGUGUGAGAGGAACAAUAAUAAUAAACUGCCAUCAGUGUCUAGCAUCUCGAAA